AACAAAUAGUACUUUUUAUUUUCCUUUUUUCAAAAGCGAUUUGCAUAGAUUUUCACUUGAUUUAAAAAUUAUACUGAUAAACUCUUCCUUCUAAUCUGCAAAUAUUCAAUAUAAAAAUGAAUAAUUCUGCUGCAAAGGUUGGAGAAAUAUUUACUGAGGCAGGUGCUGCUUUCAAUAAAUUAGCGGAAAUGACAAUGAUGCUUCAUCCAAUGGCAGAAAAUCAAUCAAGUUCCCAGUCAAAAACACCUAUUAAAAAGAAAGUACAUGAGGAACGAAUGGGACCAAUUAACAGCAGCAGUUCAGGCCAGGUCACUCUUAACAUGCUAAAUGCCCCUGAAACUGAAAUGGAUGUUGAAGGAGUUGGUAAUGAUGUAAAACUGGAAUUUGAAUCAAGCACAGAAGAAGUGGCAGCUUAAAUGGUUAUAUUAUCUAGUUUAAUGAAGGUAUAAUAAUAAAAAUCUAAAAAAAAAAAUAA